CCACACAACAAAAGCAACCGUCCUCCUGCUGCAGAACCCAUGAACUCCGAGAGACGCAGCCCCUGGCAGCAGCCGGCCUCGUGCGAGCUGUGCCGCCGCAAGAAGAUCCGAUGCGACAAGCGUCGCCCGUGUGCGAGCUGCACGACGCGAGAGGUCGAGUGUCGCUAUGCCGACUCAGCUGCUGCUGCGGGGGGGAACGUCGUCGUGGGAGCUGCCGACCGCCACGCAUCGCUGGAACAGACGGUGGGUGAGAUGGAUGUACGACUGAAGCGACUGGAGGCUCUGCUGCUUCGUGUCGACUCGUCGGGGGGGGAUAACCCCGUCCCUCGCGGGGUUGGGCAGGAUACGAGCUCGGCGAUCUCGCAGACGUGCAACCGCCUCGAGACACUGGCGGCGUCGGCCGAUAUCAUCCAUCGCCCCGUGUUGGAGAGAGAGGGGAGUCGUCUGGCAGUACAGCUCCCUGCGCUGCCUGUCGCUCGCGUCUUGUUCGAACAGUACGUGCACACGGCCGAUUGUCUGCACCGCGAGAUUCACAUCCCCUCCACCCGCGCCCUGAUGGAGACCACAUAUACCGAGCUCAUGGUAGGCAAUCCCGUGCCCGACGAGACCCUGGCGUUUUUUCUCGCCAUCUUUGCCUCGAGCGCGUUCUACAACCCAAACGAAGAAGAUACCGGAUACAGUAGUAGCAGUAGUACGAGUACGGCCGCCACGACCAGCACUACUUCUAUUACUGUCCGGUGGAGAGAGGCGGCGAUCGCCUACAUAAUAGGCCGGCAGGGCGUCGUCUCGCCAUCCAUGAUCACCUUGCAGUGCCUCUCCAUCCUGCUCUAUCUGCUUUGGGAUGCAGAAGGCCAGUCGGCGGAGUUUCAUGCGCUUCGUGGUCUGGCGUACGCGCAGGCCAUACAGCUGGGUAUUCACAGAGACACACACAGCCCAAAUCCUGUGGAAACGGAGCUCAGACGGCGUCUCUGGUGGCAUCUAGCUUCGACGGACUGGCUUAUUGCAACGGUCCCCGGUUCAUACGAAGGCGUCUACACCUUCCACCCGGGCCAUUUCUCGGUUCCUUACCCUGUCAACCUGGACGAUGGAGAUAUCGUGCCCGGUGCCCAAGGGAAAAGCGCCGACCAGCCGACAGAGAUGUCGUACGUUCUUCAUCGGAUCCAAUUUGCCGCUCUCUGCCGCGACGCCAUGGACGCCCUGCGGCAGGUGGAGGAAGAACCCAUGCGGUACGAGGUGACGCUCCGCAUGAGCGGUCGGUUCCUAGCCUUCCUGGAUGCUCUCCCUUGGUUCUUCCAGCCUGAGAGUACCGUCACCGAGGUCGAGAUCCCCGGCCGGCCGUAUCUGGCCCGUCAGCGAUCCGCCCUCCUGUACGGUCUCUUCUCGCGGCUCGGCCGCUUACAUCGCCCGUACGCCCUGCAAGCGUUCGAAAACCAAACAUAUGCUGCCUCGCGUACCAUUGGAGUCCAGUGUGCAGAGCAGCUAUUACAGAUCCACGCCGCAACCAGAGAUAGUACUCAGCAAGAACAUCAACAUCAACAUCAACAACAACAUCAACGACACCAACAGCAACUCUCCCAUUCGCACAGUAUGGACCAGCACUCCUUUAACGCGCUGCUUCUCCUAUCAAUGGAGGCCAUCAAGACCCAGAGCCAGCCCCGCAAGCAAGAGCUAGUGCAGCUGUGUCGUGCUUUCCAGGUCCAAUGCUCCUCGGCGUCGGGCAGUCUCAUCCGCGCCCUCGACCAGUUAAUAGAAAUGCUGCUCCAUGGGAUCGGUCAGAUGGGCGAGCUGUGGGAGCUUCCCUGGGAUGAUCUCGUCGAUUGGAGUAUCCUGCAAUAAGUACUCAGCAACUUACCUUUAAGCUUUAUUUUACGAAUAUGGAGUGGAACUCCAGUCUAAAGAGCGAUUCUCGAUGUGUACAGGUAAGUCUCGGAGCCAAUUGCUUUGAUUCUUUCUAUUGACCUGCGUGAUAUGAUGACUAGGAUAUAUAUUCCAUCUGAGGAAACAAGUCAUGUCAUCUAAGCUUUCCACUAGGCAGAAUAUACCAUGAGAUAAUUAGGUGACUGCUAGGUGCCUGUAAAGCAUCUCCU